AUGGAUCAACUAGUGUCAGAAUAUGCCUCAACGAGUGAAGACUCUGACGAUCAAACGGCUCUCAAGCGCUCUAAUCAAAGCAAAACCUCCACACAAAUAACAAAGCGAUCCAAAAUCGAUCUUGCACCAGAAGUCAGCCUUGAGGAUCAAAGACUCUCCAAUGCCUUUUACACGAAACCCACCGACACUGAAAUAGCCUUUAACAUUCCAUAUGAAGAUCUUUCCCGACCCGUGAACGGACCUUCUAAUCCAUUCUCCACGCGUGUGAUGAACCAAAAUGUCUUAACUGGACACGUAGAGGAACAAGUGUAUUCGGAGAUUGCAUUCAAGACCCAACAGCGCACGUUUGCCUCGUUUGGAUAUGCACGAGAUCCUACUUUACUCGACAAUGUGGCUAGUGGGUCAGCAGAAUUUGUAGGCAACGUAGAAAAGGCAAUUGCAAUGAACGGAGCCACAAUUUAUGAUCCCACACCAAAAAAGAGCGGACCCGCACGAUUGCCGAAAGGGGAUUCGGCAGUGUUGGAGGGUGAAAAUGCAUACAAGGGACCCUGGACUGGAUACCACGGAGAGUCUAUCGGCACACCAGUAGGGCCUCCGGAAGGUGCGAUUAGAACUCAAGCCGAGCCCGUUCAGAAUCUAAAGAAGCAAGUCGAAGUUGGACAGGAGACGACUGUAUUUCAUGGCCAAUCGGAGUUUGACUAUCAGGGCAGAACUUACAUGCAUGUGCCGUUGGAUUUGGAUGUCAAUCUUUUGAGUGAACCGGGAUCUCAAGAAUGCUUUAUACCUAAACGUUGCAUCCAUACAUGGUCGGGCCACACCAAAGGUGUAUCUGCCAUCAGACUGUUCCCCAACUCGGCACAUUUACUACUCUCUUGCAGUUUGGAUUCCAAAAUCAAAAUCUGGGAUGUAUAUCAUGAUCGCCGGUGUCUGAGAACAUAUAUCGGACAUAAUAAAGCUGUGCGUGAUGUAUGUUUUAGCAACGAUGGAAGGCGGUUCUUGUCUGCCAGCUAUGAUAAGUAUAUAAAAUUAUGGGACACAGAAACUGGCCAAUGUAUAAAAGCAUUUACUACAGGAAAACUUCCAUAUGUAGUAAAGUUUAACCCCGAUGAGGACAAACAACCCAUUUUCUUGGCUGGGUGCUCAGACAAGAAAAUCGUACAGUUUGACAUCAAUACUGGUGAGGUCACUCAAGAGUAUGAUCAGCAUCUUGGAGCAGUGAAUACGAUUACUUUUGUCGAUGAGAAUAGAAGAUUUGUCACGACUUCAGAUGACAAGACUUUGAGAGCCUGGGAAUUUGACAUUCCCGUAGUGAUAAAGUAUAUUGCAGAGCCACAUAUGCACAGUAUGCCUGCCGUUACGUUGCAUCCCAAUAAGAAAUGGUUGGCAUGCCAAUCUCUAGAUAACCAGAUUGUAGUCUAUGGAGCUAAAGACAGAUUCCGAUUGCAUCGUAAAAAACGGUUCACCGGACAUUUGGUUGCAGGAUAUGCCUGUCAAGUCAACUUUUCCCCCGAUGGAAGAUUCAUCAUGUCUGGUGAUUCGGAAGGGAACAUGUGCUAUUGGGAUUGGAAGACAUGCAAGCUACUAAAGUAUUUAUCGGUUACCAUUCGCAAUGGAGUUUUUGCUGUUGACCUUGCCGAAUGA